AUGAAAUCCGCUAAAAACCGAACAACAAACCGACCAAAAGGACCGUUCCCUGGUCCUAAAUUACCAGGAAAAAGUGGAAAUUCGGUUUCUCUAUCGUCUGGGUUAGCGGACAAUGUAAAUGAAUUACUUAGACCAGAGCAAAUGCCAGUGAAGAUAAAGCUGCAGCUUUUUCCAAUUGAUGAACGCACUCGCGUGGGAUUGGAAAAGGAUGGGUAUCAUCCGUACUUGGAACUCACUCUAAGUGCUCGGAAAAAGAUAUCUUCAGUGCUUAAGCAUUUAAAUGAGAAGUGGGGUGGUUCGGGAAUUGCUCGUGGUGAGCUGGUUCUUCACCCGUAUAAUGUAUCUGAAGGUUUAGCUAAUAAGAAGUGGAUGUUGAAUGACGUGAAUAUCAGUGCAGGAGAGGUCUACACAGCUAUUGGGAACCCUUCUGUUUUCCGUCUAAGCUAUGGCUGGUUCUUGAAUUCUGGAACUAAAUCUGUUGGAGUGCCUUCACUGUCAACUACCCAUGAUGCCGGCUUACGACCUCAAGUCAUGGAGAAAGUUUGCAGUAUUGAUGCAGAGAGUACUCAUGGUGAAGUGGAACAGAUAGAGGAAACACGUAAAGAGUUCAAACCAAGCACUUCAACUGGAGCAAUGGGUGUGGUUUUGCCUGAUAAGAAUUCUUCCAAUGGAUUGAUUGGACCUGUGGAUCUUAGUGUUUUAAGAUUUGUAGAAAUUACUGAGAAAGUUUCAGAUGGCCAGAAUUAUUUGAUUAAGGGUAAUGAAACAAAGACGGAUGUUGGCACUGGGCAGCCUUCAACACUGUGGGAUGAUGGUCUAACUAACAUAAGCAUUGGGAGCCUGCUAUCUGAAGCAUCAUUGCAGGGAAUGUUGAAUACCUGUGAUCCAAAAUCGAAUGGGAGUAACCCAGGCUUGCAGCCAACUCAGUUAAUAUCUGAUUCAUUAGAUGCGUUUAUUGCUGCGCAAGUAAAUCCUUGCCAAGGACCGGGACUUCCUCAAUGUUCUAGCUCAUCUAUUUUGGAUGCUGAAGACACAUGCCAUGCGUUUGCCAUUAAAAAAUUAUCUGCCUUGGGCAAAGAUUGUGGAGCUUUGAGUGGAAGUGCAUAUUCUCAAACCUGUAGUCAAGAUGCUGGUUCAAAGUCAUCAAAACAUCCAACUAUGACUGAGGUCAAAAACCAAUCUGGCCUUCGACAAGGCCUUGGCUUUGAAGAAUCUGAAACAGAGCUAUCGCUUGGUUCUCGAGUGUAUAAUCAUGAAAACAGCCUUGGGCUUUCAGGAAUCAAAUGGACCAAGAAUUCAACAUACUCGCCACCUCAGACACUAGAGAAGUUGAAACAAGAAUAUGUGUAUGUUAAGGGAGAGAGUGGAGGGAGACCUACGGGUCAGAGAGAACCUGGAAAGUUGUUCAGGCAGGAAGUGGAAAAGAAGAGAGUGGUUGUGCUGAAUGGGGCUGCUAGCGUGGGAGAAGGGUUAAAGAAUGAUAUUGGAAAUGUGUCGCAAAGAAUUUCUUCGAAGAAGGCAGGGGGAGAUGAGCUUGUGGAUGGUUGGCCAAAAUGGCUUGUCGAGAACAUUGCUAGAGAGGUUUUGGCUGGUUUGGUUCCAAAGAGUGCUGAUUCUUACGAUAAGCUAGCUAAGGUAGGCCAGGGAACUUAUAGCAAUGUGUACAAAGCUCGAGAUAGGGACACUGGAAAGAUAGUUGCUCUAAAGAAGGUUCGGUUUGACACAUCAGAGCCUGAAAGUGUCAAGUUUAUGGCAAGAGAAAUAACGAUGCUACAGAAGCUCGAUCAUCCAAAUGUAAUCAAGCUUGAAGGACUAGCCACAUCAAGGAUGCAAUAUAGUCUUUACCUUGUCUUUGAUUGCAUGCAGUCAGACCUAACCAGGAUCAUCUCUCGUCCAGGCGAAAGGCUCACUGAACCGCAGGUCAAAUGCUACAUGCAGCAACUGCUUUCAGGUCUCCAGCACUGCCAUGAGAGGGGUAUUUUGCACAGAGACAUUAAAGCUUCCAACUUGUUGAUAGACAGUAAUGGGAUGCUGAAAAUCGCAGAUUUCGGGCUUGCAAAUUUCUUCAUACCUAAACCAAGACGACCCCUUACCAGCAGAGUGGUAACACUCUGGUAUAGAGCUCCAGAGCUAUUACUGGGAUCCACGGAUUAUGGAGUAGGAAUUGAUCUUUGGAGUGCUGGUUGCUUAUUGGCUGAGAUGUUCAUCGGAAGGCCAAUAAUGCCUGGAAGAACAGAGGUUGAGCAACUUCAUAGGAUUUUCAAGCUUUGUGGCUCACCACCAGAGGAUUAUUGGAAGAUAAUGAGGCUACCAACAAGCUUCAGACCACCGCAACAUUACAAACCUAGUUUCCAAGAAGCCUUUAAGGAUUUUCCUGGGUCUUCAUAUGGUCUCUUGACCACACUUCUAGCUCUGAACCCAGCAUAUCGAGGCACUGCUGCUUCGGCUCUCCAAAGUCAACAGUUCUUCUCUUCAAGUCCAUUGGCUUGCGAACUUUCAGGUCUACCAGUAAUUUACAAAGAGGAGGAUGACCCAACCGAAAUCUAUGGUCGGAGAAAGCGCAGAAAUUCGAAAAAGCAGUUAUCUAGAGCAAGUCGAGAACGUCAUGGGAGAAAGAAUUCAAUUUCUCAACAUGCCAAAGAAGAAACAGAAGCUUCUAAAGAGGUGGAGAAAAUUUCAGAGCCAAGCAUGAACAACGGCCUUGAGACAGGAAACAGUGCAAGCAGCAGCACAUGCUCAGAUGUAAAACCAAUAACGAGGCAAGAACAACACCUCCGCCGCCCAUCCUUUUCGCCGAUUCUUGAUCAUUCUAAUCAGAAUCAGAACAGAUCAAUAAGAACUGAGGCUCAUCCUAAUGCUACCAAGAAUAUCCAGAACUUCACCCUUUUACAGGCUUCUAUAACAGACAUCAUUAACCAUAACGGAGGCAAUGCAAUGCCAGCUGGUUAUCGCCGAUCGGUUUCUACGUUGGAUUUUCGUUCUCUCGAUCCAGAAAAGAUAUCAAAACUCUUUGGACUUGAUAAAGACUAA